AUGGCCGCGCCAACAACAAGUACGCCUGACAAGGAGUUAGAAAUCUACACUCCUGACCAUUUGAAGAGCAACGUGUGGCGCUACUUUGGGUUCCCAAAGCAAGAGGGGAAAAUCACGAGUAAGGACAAAGUGAUAUGUAAAAUAUGUAGGACCAAACUCGUAUACCACACAACGACCAGCAACUUGAGAGCACACCUGUCAACACUACAUCCUGGCAAGCUGGAAGAGGAGGAGGGGGAGGUAUCAGGGACGAGGCAGGCCAGAAUCGACUCCAUGCUAUCACCCUCACGAGGCCUACCCUAUGCCCGUCAAAAUAGAGCGACAGAUUUGCUAACACGGUUUGUUUGCGAAGAUAUGAGGCCCAUUAACGUGAUCUAUGGGAGCGGGUUUCAAGCUUUCGUCCACGAGCUAGAGCCAAGAUUCAAGAUCCCCUGUUACAGGACCAUGAAUAGUAAAAUAACGAAGUUGUAUGACACAACCAAAGGUGGCAUAAGGGAAAUGCUGCAUGGAGAAAAACUCUCACUGACCACUGACGGAUGGAGUUCUUUGGCUACUGAGUCCUAUGUUACGGUCACAGCCCAUUUCAUCGACGAGGACUGGGAGAUGAGAAAUGUCGUCCUGGACACGUCUAAGCUUCAAACCGCUCACACUGCAGAGAAUGUCUCAACGUGCAUCGACAGUAUUCUACGAGAUUACCACAUAGAGCAGGAGUCUGUGCUUGUCAUUACAACAGACAAUGCGAUGAACUAUGUAAAUGCUGUAGAGCAGCACUUGGGGAUCACGGAUAUCCCGUGCAUGGCUCACACAAUUAACCUGGCAGCGAGAAAAGGGCUUGCACAGCGUUCUGUUGCAACAGCAGUCAGUCGCCUGAAGGCUGCCGCCCAGCAUUUCAAGCACUCCCCUACAGACAGCUACCUUCUGGAAGCCAAGCAGAAGCUCCUUGGUCUCAAACCAGUCCAGCUCAUAAACGAUUGCCCCACCCGCUGGAAUAGUACCUAUGAAAUGAUCUGUCGGGCAGCUGAUCAACAAGCCCCGGUUGCAGCGGUGAUUAUGGAGAAGAAAAUCACCCGUCUGGAGCUCAGCAGUGUGGAGUGGACCUUGAUGGAGAAGGUGAAAGACGUGCUGAAGCCCUUAAAAGUAGCCACCCAGGCGCUGUCAACAGAAAACUACCCAACAGCAUCAGCGGUCCUCCCCCUGCAGUAUGUGCUUCUGACACAACUGAAACCCUCCACCGAUGACCCGGCAGGCGUGAAAGAGAUGAAAACAAUGUCGACUGAUCUGAAGGCGCGAUAUGGCCCCGACAAAGAUGCACUCUUGCUACUGAACACAGCCAGCUACCUCGACCCGCGUUUUCACCGACUGGUUCAUUUAGAACAAGAGUCGCGGCAGGCAGUGCGAGAUAAGGUUCAGAGGGAGCUUGCAGAGGUCAGCGAGGAGACAGGCGAAGAGGAAGGCCCUGGCCAAGAUGAGAACGCCACAACUAGGGAGCAGCGCAAGGAAAAGAACACACUUAGCGCGAUGGGGGACCUCUUUGGCGAUGUGUACUGCCAAAACUGGGAGGAGCAACCCGCUGUCCUGGUGGAAAGAGAGAGGCCCCAAGUACCCCCAUCUAGCUAA